AAAUUAAGUCCCAGAAACAAAAAUUAAAAUGUUAAGUUUAAGCAAAAAUAUGUUCAAAGCACCAUUGAAAAUGGUCUAUCGCUUACAAAAUUGCCAAUUAAGGCAAUUAAAUUCUAAUAUGGCCUACAUUAGGACCUCAAACAAAUCUCAACAGAUAAAAAAGUUAAAUAGUUUAUUAAUAUUUAAUCGACAAAGUUUAAGUCAAGCUAUCAUUGUACGCACUAUGGCAUCUGCUAACGCUGCUCAUUUUGUUUUACCCAACACUCAACCCAUUGCUGAUUUAGAAUGUAAAAAUGCAUUUGAGAAUCUUACGGAAAAAGAAAAACAUUAUGCCCAUUACUAUAGCAAAGCAUCAUGGGAUGGUGGUCUUAUUUCUUUAAUACAAUCCAGCCAUCGUAUUUUUGUUGCGGAACCUUUGGAGGAUUUUAAGAAAAAAUGUUUAUCGAAUGGCUUAACAGAAGAGGAAUUUACGGCAUUUUUAGUUUAUGCCUGCGGUGUAUUUGCCAAUGCUGGAAAUUACAAGGGCAUGGGCGAUAGCAAAAUUCUACCAAAUUUGAGCCAAGAAAAAUUUGAAGAGAUUGUUAAACUAUCAACGGCAUUUAGCAAGGAUUGUCAAGUUCCUAAAGUAUUGAACAAAGUUAUUUCUCUUAUUUAUGCUUUAAAUCCACGUAAUGAAGUUUUGGGUUUUGCGCCAAACGGCAUUACUACGUAUUGGUCAGAUAAUUGCACCAAGGAAGAUGCAGAUAUUGUUAAUGAUUGGCUGACAUCGAAACGUAUGGAGCCCUAUAUGUGUCGUACUUUUAAAGUUGAGGAAAACGGCGAAGUCAUAUACGACAUAAAACUCGCUUCUGUGCAUACUGAACACGAAGAUGGCAUUACGUUACCUAUAGAAACAUACAAGGAUAACAAGUUUCGUGUAACUCGUGGCGAUUACAGUAAACUAUUGGCUCGUGUUGAUAAAAAUCUGGAAGAUGCUAAGAAGUUUGCCGCCAAUGAAAAUCAAUUAAAUAUGAUUGAGAGUUAUAUAAAAUCUUUUGAAGAAGGUACUUUAGCUGAUCACAAAGACGGGUCCAGACAUUGGAUUAAAGACAAGGGCCCAGUAAUUGAAACUUAUAUUGGCUUUAUUGAAACUUAUCGGGAUCCUGCUGGUGGACGUGCUGAGUUCGAAGGUUUUGUUGCCAUGGUUAAUAAGGAAAGUUCGGCUAAGUUUGCGGAACUGGUUGCUAAAGCUGAGAAAUUGCUAGAAUAUUUACCUUGGACUAAAGAAUAUGAAAAAGAUUCUUAUUUAAAACCUGACUUUACUUCUUUAGAUGUGUUGACUUUUGCUGGUAGUGGAGUGCCGGCUGGUAUAAAUAUUCCAAACUAUGAUGAAAUCCGUCAAGAUGAAGGCUUUAAAAACGUUUCGCUUGGUAAUGUUUUAGCGAAUAUCAACCGUAAGGACCCCAUACCAUUUUUGUCCGAUGAGGAUCAAACACUAAUGAAGGAAUACAAAGUAAAAUCAUUCGAGGUACAAGUUGGUCUCCAUGAACUUCUUGGUCACGGCAGUGGCAAACUAUUCCGCAUCGAUGAAAACGGUAAAUUUAAUUUUGACAAAGAUACCACAAAGAAUCUUAUUAAUGGGGAGCCCAUUACCACUUGGUAUUUGCCUGGAGAAACUUAUGACACAAAGUUUGGUGCAAUUGGUUCUUCAUAUGAAGAAUGUCGUGCCGAAGCUGUAGGCCUUUAUCUAUCAUUACAACGUGAUAUAUUGGAAAUCUUUGGCUUUAAAGAUCCUGCUGAACAGGAUAAUAUAAUCUACAUUAACUGGUUGUCAUUGAUAUGGAAUGGUAUGGGCGUAGCGUUGGAAAUGUACAAUCCACAAUCUAAACAAUGGAUGCAGGCACAUUCCAGAGCCCGUUUUGUAAUUAUGAAAGUAUUAUUAGAAGCUGGAGAAGGCUUCGUUACUAUCGAGGAAUGUGAGGAAGGUAAAAAUUUACGUCUUACCGUAGAUCGCAGUAAAAUUGAGACUGUUGGUAAAAAGGCAAUGGAAAACUUCCUAAAAAAAUUGCAAGUAUACAAGUCGGCGGCCGAUAUUUCAAGUGCUUCCAAAAUGUAUGAGCAUUAUUCAGAAGUCAAUGAAACUGGACCCCAUCCAUGGGCAAAAUGGCGUGAUAUAUGCUUAGCCCACAAAAAGCCCCGUGUCAUUUUGGUACAAGCAAAUACCAAAGUAGAGAACGAUAAAGUCCAACUUCUUACUUAUGAGGCAUCACAUGAAGGUUAUAUCAAGUCUUGGGUUGAACGUUUUCCUGAAACCGAUAUUGAUGACAUCUUAGAAGAAAUUGUAGAAAACGAUAAGAAAUAUUUCCCUUGUGCCUUUGGUAAUUGAAGUAAAAGUAUAAACUAUAAACUAUAAUCCACUAUAAUGCAAUGUGAAACACACACAUUUUGUUUGUAAAAGUUUUGAGAAAAAUAAUAAUUUAUAAUUUUUUUUAACAGAAA